ACUUAACUUAUUGAAAGGAGAGGAGGAGGUCAUGGAAAACAAUCUACGUGUAAUAGUAGAUGUACGUGAUGUGAGUGAAGCCAUGAAAUUAGUAUAUGAGAGACCUAAUGCGAAAGGUCGAUACAUAUGCACGUCUCAUAUGAUGAAGAAUGAGGAACUGGUGCAAAGCUUCAAGGAAACCUAUCCCGACUACAACUACCCCAAGAGCAUCAAACAAGGCAGAGACGUGCCACAAGUGAGCUCGGAGAAACUGCAGGGACUUGGUUGGAAAUAUAGGCCAUUGAAAGAAACUCUUGUUGAUUCUAUUGAGAAUUGCAAAGGAAUUGGCCUUCUCUAAUUCCUAGAUUAAUUGUUACUUGUUUUUGAACUACAUAGUUAUAUUCUCGGAAUUCCAAGUAUGGAACAAAAUAAUUUGGUCCUGUGUUGGCGAUAGCCUUUCUUGCUACUUCAAAGCUUCGAAGGUAUAAGAAGUUAUAGUUGUGCUCUUUUAGUCUCAUCAUCCAUCUUCUUCUUCUUGGGAUUUUUCAGUCCAAAAAUGACUUCCUUUCUCGAAUCA